AUGACUUCUCAUUUCAGCUUGAAGGCGAAGACCUUCUCCAUUUUUGCUCUCGCACUUGCUCUAUUCGUGCAAGGCACUCUCGGGGAAGUAGCGUGUGAGAAUCUGGGGCAGGAGAAGUGCGCGUUCGCGGUGUCGGCGACGGGGCAGCGGUGCGUGCUGGAGAGGAAGGUGAAGCGCGCCGGCGAGGAGAAGUUCGUGUGCCGCACGUCGGACAUUGAAGCCGACGAGGUCAAGGAUUUGGUGGAGACGGACGAAUGCAUCACCGCGUGCGGCGUCGAAAGGAAGUCCCUCGGCAUCUCCUCCGACAACCUCCUUGAUUCUCGUUUCACCAAGAAGCUUUGCUCCUCCGACUGCUACCACUCCUGCCCCAACAUCGUUGAUCUCUACUUCAAUCUUGCUGCCAGCGAAGGCGUAUUUCUUCCUAAACUAUGUGAGGCACAAGGUGCUGGCGCCCGUCGACAGAUGGUGGAGAUUCGAAGUUCUGGUUUUCUAAAUGCUGCAGCACCUGAGGGAGUAGAGCUUGCUGCAAACGAUGCCAUUGCCCCAACACUUCCACCUCUCUAG